AUGGAUCCAUUCCACGACAAGGCAGGCAACGAGCGGAGGGCUUCCCUCAGGAUGUCAGCGAGGGCUUCUUUGACCGCCGACGAUGAUGACUACGACCUAGCAGCAAUGGGCAUCUCAGACGGCUUUCGCCCAGCCAACGUUUCCGCUUCCCAUCAACCCAUCAACUCGAUCACCAACCCUUCGACUGGCUCGGCGGUUGUGUCACGAGAAUCUCCCGUGCCUCAGCGCGUCACACCCCCUCGACCUUCCAGCAUCUCAAAGCCUCCUCGAUCCCACGAUCCGCUAGCCCUCCGUCACGAUGGUUCGACGUCUCAAUCUCAAUCCAACGGCGCUCCAAUGUCUCGCGUCUCCAGCGCUUCGAGUGAUUCACCCAUAAUCAGAUCCGAGAGCCCCUACGAGGGACCAUCUGGGCCGUCCUUCCCGUACCAAAUGUACCCGCAACGGACCAACAGUGUCGCAACAUCAAACACCGCUCGCAUGUCUGAAAGAUCAUACGCCGGGCCUCGCGGACCGACGCACCCAUACACACUCUACACGCAAAACACCGUGACCCCCGACACGAAUGAUGGUGACAACAUCCCCGUGGGAUUUGCUGGCCGCUCCGAUGGAUAUCACCGUCGAAUUGGGCCAGAUGGAGAGGAAGCCGCCGACCUGAUCGGACCAUUGGGUCACACCGAAGAGCUCCCACCCUACACUCGAUAUCCCGAGCAGGCCUACACAAGGAAACAACCUGGUGAACAACAACCAUCAUCGACGCCUCCAGUGCAAUCCCAACCAGAACAACAACGGCAGCCAGAGCAGCAACAACCACCGGCACAGCAGCCUGCCGUCACGGUUAUGACUGCCACGGUACCCGCCAUUCCCGCUGGCGCUGGCGGCAUCGGACUUGCGACACGCAACCCUGAGUUCGAGUCACGAGAGGAUUUACGUCUUUCAUCACCAUCCCGAACGUCGUCUCGCACGUUAAAUGACGAGACUGCUAGCCAACAUGAGAUCAAUACUGCUGCCGAGUCCUACGCGGAGAAGGGAGAAAACGCGUCCGACCGCAAAUGGCAAAAGAGGGCAAAGAAGAGGCUGUUCGGUGUCGUUCCUUACUGGGCUAUCUGCUUGUUGGCAGUUGGACUGGUGAUGAUGGGCAUCAUUCUCGGUGCUGUCAUUGGAACAUUCUUCGCCAAGCAUAAAAAGCCGCCCGGCAAGCAUCAGGACGAUGAGCCUAUGCCAGUGGUUAUCCCAACAGCCACGGUUGAUGUGAAGCCCCUCGCUACUCUCCCACCGGAUCUUCCACCAAUGGAAAUUGGUACUUUUGGUCUGCCGCCUCUCAUUGCAAGUCAGGCACCAAGUACUUGUUUCAACGACACAACGCAGGCCCAAGCCUGGACCUGCAACAUCCCCUUUACCAGCUAUGUCAUGGGCGUUUCCAGAAUCGCCAAUGAACUACCUAUAUCUGAUUACACCUUAAAACUUACUACUUUCAAUGACAGCGAUCACGACGACAACUCUAGGAUCAAUAUGUUCUCGUGGGGUACUCAACCACCACUGAUUAUGGAUCCUCUGAAGAUGCGGCUUGUCAACGACACUUCUGAACAGGGACGCGGCGCCGCAUGGUUUGCUCAGAUGACCUACAACAAGACCGUGGUCGUACCUGAGGAUAGGUUCCCUGGUGUCACCACUACCCCCAGGAAGCAGCAGCCGCAAUCCAAACGGGGCGGAUCAUGGGACGGACCACCGCCUGAACAACAGCUAUCAAAGAAAGCCCUCCACUACAACGUCCAGGCCUCCAGCGGCGGCAACUUUCCCUCCUUCAACAUCGACACAGUUCUUGGUCCGUGGACUGCAAACUCAGUCUCCCCAAUCAAGUCCGAUCCCGACUGA